ACUUUUUGUUGUAAAGACUCUGAAGAAAGAAAUAACAUGUGCGUUGAGUGCAGACCUGGAUUUCGGGGGUUUGAUUGCAACUUGACAUGUCCAUUAAAUCAUUAUGGUCCGGGUUGUAGAACACAAUGCAAUUGUAAUAACGUAUCUGAGUACUGUCAUCAUAUAUGUGGAUGUAUUUCAAAUCGGACCAAACCUUUGGUGAUUGACAAUGUCACCAACAUGGAACAUUACGAUAACAUCACAGACAUUGAGCAAACCCUUUCGAUGGAGUUGUGUUUAUCUUCGAUAAAAAAUUCCAUCGAAACAAAAAUCAACAACGUUGGAAAAAACACUGGUAGUAUAAAUUUACAUAUAUUAAAUGGUGUUAACGUUCAUAAUGCGUUAUAUAUAACCCAAGAAAGAAACAGAGAAAACAACACUGUAAGCAGAGAAGAUAUGUCUGAAGAUCCACUCUAUGGCUCCUGUGAAGACCCUUGUUAUAGUACACUAACACUGAGGGUUAACUAUGGCCCUAUAUAUCCAUGUAAUCAAAACGGAUCUUCUGAAGAUUUUAAUCCCUAUGGCUAUACGUACGAAGGGGAGGGAAAUGUGGCUAGAAUACAAGGAACGAACGACAAUAAAAUUUAUGUAGAUAAAGAAAGUAUACGAACGCAUAUAAGCUCAACUCAAGGACAGUAUGAAGACCCGUGGAGAAACGAGUGUAAUAACUCCCUUUUGCGUCACUCUUCACAAAGGAGGUUUGACCUUAUGCCACUUGAAGAAUCUUACAGUGCUAUAAGGGGAAAAGAAUAUGGGCCAUACGAGCUGGCAUCUAGUAAAAUGUGAAAGUUUGAUUGACAACAAUAUAAAUUACGGACAAUUUUUCUGAAAUGUGUUUCAAGCAAAAAAAAAUGGGCAACCUUGGACACAUCAGAUAACACUGACUUUCUAAAGUUAAAAUAUAUAUCUCUUAUCAAUAACAAAUUUCUUUUUAGUCCAAUGUUGUUUCCUC